AUGUGCCAGACCAGCUGCUCCUCAGGCUGCUCCCCCUGCUGCCCACCACCCAUGAACUGCCAGCCUAUGAUGGUCAUGAUGCCCUCCUCCCAGUCGUCCUCCUCGUGCAGCCAACCCAGUGGACUCACCCUGCUCUGCGAGCCCGUGUCCUUCGGGUCCUCUCCCUGUGGCCCGCCGCCCAUGACCUUCCAGCCCAUGAUGGUCAUGAUGCCCUCCUCCCAGUCGUCUUCAUCGGGCGGCUCACCCAGUGGACUCACCCUGCUUUGCAAGCCUGUGUCCAGCGGGCCCCCUCCCUGCAGCCCACCCAUGACCUUCCAGCCCAUGAUCGUCAUGGUGCCCUCCUCCCAGUCGUCUUCAUCGGGCAGCCCACCCAGUGGACUCACCCUGCUUUGCAAGCCCGUGUCCAGCGGGCCCCCUCCCUGCAGCCCACCCAUGACCUUCCAGCCCAUGAUGGUCAUGAUGCCCUCCUCCCAGUCGUCUUCAUCGGGCAGCCCACCCAGUGGACUCACCCUGCUUUGCAAGCCCGUGUCCUGCGGGCCCCCUCCCUGCAGCCCACCCAUGAGCUGUCAGCCCAUGAUGGUCAUGAUGCCCUCCUCCCAGUCGCCCUCCCCAUGCAGCUCACCCAGUGGACCCACCCUGCUCUGCAAGCCCAUGUCCUGUGGGCCCCCUCCCUGUUGCUGCUGA